AUGAAGUGUGAUUGUUGUUCGAAAAACAUAAUUCAUGGUUUGUUUUCUCUUUGUCUGCAGCCGAGCGAAGGAACGGACAAUCAGUUGUUCGCUUCAAGCGUGUCACAUCUGCACGAUGUCCGACACUCGCAGCCGCCCGACUCGGGCUUCUCCGAGCCGGUCAACAACAAUAUCAACGAGGACAACAACAACGGUCCCAUCUCGCUGCGGGAGAUGCAGAACAUCGCCAACAACAACGCAGCCGUAUAUAUCGUCAGUGAGAAUGAAGAACGAAACCGAAUCAGUAGAGAAUCGGUUGUCGAAUUCGAGCCUCUUCCGUCUGGUAUACGGGUGCUCGAUCCUCUGGAAGGAUGCGCCGAUUGGUUUGCUGGCGAAGAUUUUCCUAGAAAUCAAUUGCAGUAUCUACGUGAAAUCGGUCGAGGAUGGUUUGGCCGAGUGGUCGAAGGAGAGACAGAGGAUGGGUCUGGUACCUCAACAGUUGCCGUUAAGAUCCUUAAUCAGAAUGCAAGUCUAGAAGACAAGGCGAGGUUCCUCAACGAAGCGCGUCCUUAUAGAGACAUGAACCACGAGAAUGUCUUGGGAUUCGUGGCAAAAUGUCUGCAGGAAGAUCCUUGGAUACUUAUAUUUGAAUUGUGCUCAAUGGAUCUGCACCAGUACCUAGUACUAAAUCGUCCGAAGAUGGCCAUUUUAAAUGAAAGUGGGGUCCCGCUGCAACUCAUGUGUGAUGUCGCUUCCGCCCUCGCCUACAUGCAUUCGAGAGGGUUCCUGUAUGGAUGCCUGUGGAGCGGCAACGUACUGGUGCGCGGAGCGGACAGCCCUCGCGCUGUGCUGGGACACUACUCGCGCGCCGAACGAGACACCGGCGGCGCCCCCGCCUCAGACAACAGACCUUCGGCCAGUGGCGACGUGUGGUCGCUAGGGCGGUUAGUGUGGGAGGUGUGCGCGUGGGGAGCCGCGCCGCCCGACGAUCCGCCACCGCCCGACCUGCCCUGCCCCUACCGGAACCACCUAUAUCAAGUAAUGCAGUUGUGCUGGAACCCGAAUCCUGAAGCGAGACCGACCGCCGCCCAAGUGCACGCUCUGUUGAAUCACUUGCAUUUUACUCAUAAACAUACUAGCGAUGCCGUCAAAGACGAUGGCUACGCCAGCAGUGAUUUUGAGGAACGAUGGCAGAGACUCAAACCUAACACUAUACCGAAAAUAGACGAGCAUGUCGCUAUCGUCCAUGCCCCAUCCACUUCCAUGGCCUCACACUUCACGGGCUCCGACCAAGAAUUUGAUAACAACCAGACCAUUCAGGACUCUCUCAGCGUCGAAAUGGAUACGGCCGUCUCUAGAUCGAGUAGCAUAAUGUCCGACAAAGAUCCUCUCUCAAUUCAAAUAAAGUCAGAUAGCUUAACCAACCUCCACGGUUCACUCGAAGACGUUCGAAAUAUCUACCUCACUCACAACGAAACCCCGGCUCUCGAAUGCCAUCAAGGCAAUAUAAACCUCGAAGAAAGUAAAGAGAAAGAACAAGAUCGCUCUGAUAGCUCCGUCGAUCCAUGGUUGAAAGAUAUCAUCACCGACAGCCAAGACGACGUAAGUUACUAUAAGGACGUUAGUGAUGUUAUAAAGAAUCUCGAUAAUAUUUUAAAUUCAGAGAAAACUUCGAGCUCGGAGUCGAGCCACCAAGCUAGUCCUUCGAGAGAUAAUUUAAGUUUGGAAUGUAAGAAAGACUAUCCUAUGCAAACAUCUAUGGUAAAAUCUCCAGGGAUUAGUAAUUUUCAAAAUAUACUCGAAAUGGGUUUUGCUAAAGAGUCCGAAGCCACUGAAGGCGAUGAUGAAGAUGAAGGAGAUCGUGAUACUGUUGGCACACUGAGUCAUUCUUUCGAACGCCAUAGCGACACCACUAGCCAACAAACACUCGAGAAUAUUACGCCGGAAACACCAAUUAAAGGCUUAGAUGUUUCAGAAGAUAUUGAAAUACAAGCCAACUCUAAUUCUAAACAAAACCAUAGUGUAUUAAGUAAAAGAAAACUUAGUAAAGAGCAUCAAGAUAGUGAUCUGCCAAAAGAAAGUAAAAUAGCCAGUAGUGAUAGUGAAGCACCUAAACUAAUGGAAUUAUGUGUAGCUUCAAUGCCUAGUGUAAGUGAAACAAUUGAACAAGUGAUUAUAAAACAAGACUGUCAAACAUCAUAUGAUAAUAAAUUUACAAAUAUAAAAAACGAUAGUACAGAAACUAAGUCAAUAGAUUUAAAUAAGGAAUUUCUAAGUAAUGAAAUAGGAAUUAAAGAAAGAGAAACUUCCACUAAUAUCGAAAAUGAAGUAUAUAAGUUACAAGAAAGUCCUAGUAAAAAACAUUUAAGCUUGUCAGCCUCAGAUCUUGUAAAGUCAACAAAAGAACCAACUGACUUACUAGUCAAUAACGCAUUGAUUGAAAAUGUUGAUAAAAUUGUUGGUAUUAAUAAAUCUGUUCUAGAACAUGAAAUAGAUUCGUCCCACUCACGUUUACUUCCAGAAGUUGAAGAUAAAAAGGCAUUUGAAACUAUUGUAAACCUUUCUGAAUUUGAAUCUUCUAGUAAGGAACCACUUGACGACUUAAAAUCUUCACCUGAGACUAAUAAAAUCUUGCCCACUGUGAACAUUGAUUCUUAUAUACAAAAAAUUGAUAAUACAAAUGAAAUUUCUGAAAUAAGUCAUGAGGAAAAUAAAAAUAUCACAUUUCCAGAAUUCGAUGAAAUAUUUAAGUAUAAGGAUGAUUACAGCCUGGGAUCGUCACUAGAAUUGUUAAACGAUUUCCCCAAACACGUAAAUGAAGAUAUAACCGCAGAAAGAGACAACGCGAGCAAUACACAUGCUGAUAGUAUAGAAACAAACUCUAAAAAUGAUGACGCCAAUUCAAUGGAUAAAUCAUAUCCACAAAGCGAAAGUUCCCAUGUAUUAAAAACUAAGGAACAAGAUUUAAACAAUAUUGAAUCAAUUUUAAGCCUUUCAGUAGAUAAGAAUAUUCUUAGUGAUUUUAAUAGUAAAAGUGAAUUUUUUUUAACAGAAACUCAUAACACCAAAAUGGAAAUUCAAGAAGUAAAUCCGUUUAUACAGACAGAAGGAAAUCUUGAAAGUGAAUCAGUAAAUCAAGGAAAUAAAAUAAGGUUUGAAAAUACAACUAAUGAUAUAAGUGAUAGUCAAUGUGAUAGAAAUGAAGAAAAUGUUAAUGUUUUACAGUCCGUAAAUGAUCAUUUGAAACAAAUAGAAACAGAGCAACCUGAAAAAGUACAAAUAAUUUCUAAUGUAGAAGUUGCAUCUCCCUUACAAAACUCUUCUCUUCUCUUAGAUGUUAAAAAACAAUUUGAUAACGUAAAUAAUAGCAAUAAUCAAAUAACAGUUGAAAGUUUUUUGAAGCCUGAUCAAGUACAAACUAUAGACGAAAAAAUUAACUCACAAUCAGUAGAAAAAAGUGUGAUCGAUGGAGAUACUUACAGAUUAGAUGAUGUUCAAGUGUCUAAACCUCCAGUAAAAGAGGAAUUGAGUGAUAGUACUGUAUAUAUGGAUCUCACUAAUGAUAUAAAUAGUCAAAUUUUAAAAGCUAACAAUGAGGAUAAUACCCUUAAGGAUGUUAUAAAGUCUUGUCUUGAAGCACCAGGUAUUGAAUCACCUCGCGCUCUGAUCAAAAAUGAUUCAACUGUGUAUUUAGAUCUGCCCAGUAUUAUAAAAGAAACAGAUAGUUUUUUGCAAUCAGAAAAAUGUAUUAGUAGCCAACAAAUAGAUUUUAAGGAUAAAGUAAGCACAAGUACGCCUAAAGGUAGCGACGUUUCAACAGAUAAUACUCUGGAACCUGUCCAACCAUCUACAGAUAUUCUCUCUGUAACAAAAGUACCAGACUACGGUCCUGGAGUUACACUAACAAAGCUAGAACAGAAAUACGUUCCAGACAACAUAAGUCCAUUUGAAUCUCCUUCUAAAAGUCACCACACUGAUACUUAUGAUGAAAAUAGUUCUGUAGUUUUAGGCCCAUUUGAGAACUGUACACUAGAUUUAUAUAAAGGUGUUAAAUCAAUGGCCGAAUUAUCAGACUUACCUAAAGAAGAAUUACUCGCUUUUUCAUCUAAUUUUAGUGAAAUUAAUCUCGAAACACCAUCUCCGCUACGAGACGGAAAUUUUCUGAAUGAAGUUCCGGAUCUACUCCCUGACGAGUUGCACUUUGAUCAGAUAGCGACGAUGAGUGAAGCAAAACCAGAAUCUCAAAGUAACGAAAUGAUCUCAGAUGAAACUGAAGAGCAAUCUUCGACAGAAAAACGCGUAUCACCGUUGACUCCACCCAAUUCUCCUGGAAAUUUCCUUGCAUCGUCUUCGCAACAAAAAUAUCUAGUUGAUAUAGAUAUUAACGGCCCACACGUUCAGGACCCUAGCACGGAUAAUGAAGCGGUAGAUAUGAAUCAAAUAGAGCUCCAAAUGACGACCAAACUGGCGAUGGCUGAAAAUGAAAACAAUUUAAAUAUAGAAUAUUCAGGACCGUUGACUGAAGAAGGCUUAACAUUGGGUGACUCGAUGCUCAUCGGAGAUAACGAUGCAAUUCCAGAAUCAUAUUUGGCUGGGAAUGGAGGGUCGGUGGAGGAUCUGAGAGAAAACCUCGCAAUAGAUGAAGAGAGGAUGAAAGAAUUGAGGAACGAGUUGGAGUUAAAGUUGCCAUUAGCGCAGGUGGCAGGCAUCGAGCCGGCGGCGGAGGGCGAGUGGUCGGAGCUGCCGCCGCCGCCGGAGCUGGUGCUGACGUACGGCGCGCUGUCGCCCAUCGCCGAGGAGACGCGCACGCAGCUCUGCGCCUACGAGAACGACGACCACUGGAAUGCUUCACUACGUACCGAAUCUUCGGCAAGCUAUCCUGAGCCCUACAACAAUUCCACGGACGAAGCGACCGAUCUUCCCACAGCUGCCAACAGUGGUCCUCAACACUCCACGUACACUAUCCACUCCAAGGAACCUUCGGUAAACCAUACGUACACCGUGCAGAAAGAAGCAGUUAGCAGCAAGGAAAUAACCAUGUCUGCAGAUAGCUUAAAUGCCAGCCCGUUAAGAAAGGUACAGGAAAACCAUUCGCCUAUCGAUGAUAGAACUUUCAACAAAGAUGAAGACGAAAAAGAAUCGAACUGCGAGAGGCUUUCACAAGUGUCGCCUUUCCUUCUUAGUCCCACAACGGAUACAUCUGUCCCGGAGAACUCUGAUAUCGCAGCCGGGUUGUCCACAUGUUCUAAAACCACAGUGCCGACAGACGCCAAGUCAUCUAAACCGUCCGAAACUCAAUGCUUAUCAAAAGCUACAAGUAUCGACUCGUGGUGUUCGAACGAUACUCUCUACAACGUAGAGGAAAACUUCGACGACCUCGCCAUGGACCCUGACGUCCCCCUGGACUUCGAAACGGAAGUUGAAAGAGACAAAAGCGAAAGUGAUGACACAUUAACUCAUAACGAGGACGAAAAGGAAGCGAGUCACUGUUCAACGUAUAUAAUUCACGACAGCAAGUCGGAAGUAUGUGGAACGUUUUCGCCCGAUUCGAUCACCGCAAACGAUAAUUAUACUUAUACGAAAAUUAAAACAGAAGUGGCGACUACGACUCCCUCUGUGAUUACGAAAUCUGAUUUAAAUGAUUCUACGAAAAAUACUCAAACGAAAGAUUUAGCCUACGGCACUUUAAUGUCUGGACAGCCGUCUUAUUCUAAUUGCACAACAGAACUAAUGUCCGGUAUGGAAGACGCGUGGAAACUACCUCCGCCCGAAUUCGUGAGAAGAUCACCAAUUGGUGACGAACUCACUUUUACUCCACCUAAGCAGGUUGAAAAAAAGGAUGUUAAUAUUACUGAAAGCCCUCAAUUUACUUCGGAAUCACGUUUAAAAAAGUUAGAUAGUGUGGAAAUUACGUGUCUUAAAGAUAACUCUCCCCCGGAAAACAAAAGCGAUAACCCUGAUACUCAAAUUGCUGCCGAAGGUAAUAACAGUCCAAAUAUUCAUUUUAUAAACAUGGCACAUUCUGCAACAACUGAAAUCCGACCUCAAGAUAUUUCCUCAAACAUAAGUAAUGAGGGCCAGAGCACCGAAAUUUUGUUAGAGGGAGAAAGUAAGACAAUUAGUCAAGAUAUUAUUAAAGAUAUGUCGUCAAAAACUCCUUCGUACUCGGAUUUUGAGUAUUCGGCGAUAACAAAACCACAGGAUGUCCAUACAAGUGAGAAGUCUAGUCAAAGUAUGGAAAGCGGAGUGAGUUCUGAAGAUUUUCGCCAGUUCCAAAACUCCGUGAAGAAUCGACCUCAAGAUCUUUCGUCGCUAAUCGAUGCUAGCUCUCUCUUGCUUAACAGCGAGAGGAGAUCCAGUGAACUCAUAAUGGGCAGUUUAACAAACACUGGUUUGGAUCUCACUAGUCAAUCUGAGAGCCAAACAGUCAAUACGGAACCAGAAUCUCUUGUUUUUGUAUCAUCUAACAAUACGAAUUUAUUAGAAUCUCAUAAUAUAGAUGGCAGGCAACCACUAAAUGUGUUUGUCACUGAUUUAAAUGUAGAAGAAGAGACUGAGCAGCCUCAUUCGAUAAUCAUAACCGAAAGCCCUUUAAUUGCAUCUAAAAUUAGUCCAAAUAGAACUUUCGAUUCGCAUACGAAAAAAGAUCGAAAGGAUAUGAAUUACACAUAUGAUUCCCAUGCGGGUAGUUAUCAACCAAUAAAAAAUAUAUGGCAGAACGACAGUCCGAUUGGUGAAAAGGUAAAUGGUAUUAACAAGAACCAAGCUGUAAAACAAUGCGAAUCGUCGGGUGAAGUUGUAAAUUCGUCUUCAUCAGUCAGUAUGCCAAGUGAACCAAAAAACGGUCCAGAAAUGUCGCUGUCUCAAAGUGAAAUCGUAACACAAGACAGUGGGAGAACAAUAAUUUCAACAGACCAAAAAUUUUCAAACUCAAUUGCGAAAGUUAAUGGAACCAAUGAAGUGUUUGCGACUGUAAAUUUUCUAAAUGAGACCUUUGAGGAACUGAUGGAAAGCAAUGUCGAUGAUAACGAUGUCGGGCUUAGUGACAAUAAUAAGGAUGAACAAACGGUACGUUCGGAGAAAUCCUUAGAAAAUGUCACGGAAUCAGAAUCGUACGAGAAUGAAGUUUCCUCAAAUAAAGAACAAAGAAAGAGUACAUUUCGUUCCGACGUAACUGGACAAGAAGAGAAACAGAUAACGUCAGCUACCGACGAUUUUUUAAAAAACGAACAAAAAUUUUGUGAACUGGAUUCUUAUUUUCCCCUUCUAAGUGAUAUAAGAUUCACUGGUCCAGCGACAGAAAUAAUGUCAACAUCUUUCACUCAAGACUCUCCCACGGAACCCACGUCCCCCGAGUGCGAGCAGGACAGCAAGCCCGAUCCCUCCGCGGAGAUAUUGAAAGAGUGGGACAGCGAUAGUGACUCGCAUUCCACUAAUUCAUCGAGCGGCGAGUUUAUUUGGAAGGACGGCGACGGGCACGAGACCGCCGUCGUGCCCUCAACGCACUUUGACCACCAGCGCGACAGCGGAUCGCAACCGAGCUGUACGGACGAGGGCGCAGGCGAGGGCGAAGCACCCUCCUCUGCGUCCGGAGACUCGGGCUCCGGCUCCGAGGGCGACGAGGUGGAGUUUGUCCCUUCCUCGUGGGACUGCCGCGCCGCACCCUCGAAGUCCUCACUCAGGAGUAUGGAACAGGCUCCGGACAUCAAGAAGCGCGUGGUGUUCAAGCGGCAGAAGUACCACUGCGUGUACGAGUACCCGCGCGAGGCGCCCGAGCUGGACGCGGACUCCCCCGCCUACCUGCCUGACUUCUCCACCUACUCCGAGUGGGAUCCUUCGAGCGCCGAAGAUGUAGAACUAGGGUACGGGCAGUUGUUCGGUGCACCGAAUCCUUUAGACUUAUUUCCUCUUCGGUCCAGUAUCGCAUUCGGUGCAGAUUACGACGAAGACUUCUUCAUCUCGUCUUCGGCGCGGCCGUUCGAGAGUCUCGGCGUGAUGUCGACCAGCAGCCAGUUCUUCCCCGGCAUGCAUCUAAAGGCCGGCCUCGAGCGCGAGCCCGACGAGCUCGGCGACGAGUUCCCGCCGCCGCCCUCGCCUCUCACCGCGCCGCUCACCACGCCGCUCACCGCGCCGCUCACCACGCCGCUCACAACUCCGCUCACAACUCCGCUCACAACUCCGCUCACCGCUCCACUCGACUUCACCACGCCCGACUCCGGCGUCGAGGACGCGACCCCCGGCUCACUGGGUGAGGACGAUCUCGGCGCGCGCGUGCCGGCCGAGGCGCCGUGCUGGCGCGCCGAUAGCGCCAGCUCCAGCGAGUCCGCGAGCCCCGGCUCGCCGGGCGGGGCGGCGGGCGGCGCGCUGGGCGGCCUGCGCCACACGCGCGACCGCCUCAAGCUCGACCUGCCGCCCAGCCCGCACGCGCCCUCGCCGCGCCACGCGCGCGUCUUCAGCUUCGUGCUCGACAAGCCGCGGCGCGCGGCCGACGGCGCUCCCGAGCCCACGUUCUCCACCUUCGGCAAGGGCGCGCCGCCGCGCCCGGACGCCGAGCGCGCCAUCGUGCUCUCCGACGGCGGCGAGCACGCGGCGGGCGUCCCGCAGCCCGCGCCCGCCUGCGAGCGGCCGGCGGAGGCGCCCGGCGAGGGCACGCUGCUGGACAGCGGCGACGAGGACUCGGGAAUUGAGAGCAGCUCCAAGGCCACGCUCGAGCGCGCCGAGCGCACCGAGCGCAGCGAGCCCGCGCCGCACGUCUCGUAG